GUACGAUUUACUAAUUCUAAGUACAUCUGUGAUUCUCCGUACAUUUAAUGCGUUCAAUCGAUCCUGAAUAAACAGAUAAAAAUAUGUUUUCACUGGAACGUAUUCCUGACCAAAUUGGACAUCUAAUUUUAACAGAGGAUGGUGCUGUUUUAACGUCUGGAGGUGAACUGGAAUAUGAUGAAAAGUUUGCAAACAUUAUUGUAGGUUUAGUCACACUAACCAAUAAAAUCGAUCCCAAAGCAUUUCCCAAUAAUGAGGCUUUUGAUAAAAUAUCAAUAACAUAUCCAGAUCAUUGUUACAUUAUUUGUCUUUCAAAUAAGAAGAUUCAUGUAGUAAAAAAAAAAUUGAUUUCCUCAACCGCUGCGAUUGUAGAACAACAACAAUCUCUUAUUGAUGUAUAA